AUGAUACCCAGUCUAAUACGCCAGACAUGCAAACGUCUAAGAGCAACUUCAACGAGAAGACCGUACUCACCGGCGGUCAGGUCCCUCCCCAGGGCAUUCACUCGGAAUCUAACAACUGAACAGCAGGCAAUUCUAAAUCAGCCACGAGCCAAGGAUCAAGUAGAAGUGUGCAUAGUCGGUGGCGGUCCCUCGGGGCUAGCCACAGCAAUAAAGCUAAAGCAGCUAGACCAUGAACAUGGCGCUGGCGAAAUGCGAGUCAUCGUCUUGGAGAAAGCGGCUGAUUUCGGAAGCCACAUUGUGAGUGGAGCCGUGAUUGAGCCGCAAGCGCUCCGCGAACUAUUUCCAACCAAAGACGACGGUGGUGACGAUGUUCCAUUGCCGGCGGAUAUGGUGACCAAAGUCACGUCGGACCACAUGAUGUACUUGACGCGCAACUCGGCGUGGCCCUUGCCUGAACCUCCGCAGUUGGCAAACAAGGACAAAAACUUUAUUGUUAGUCUCAACACGGUGGUGAAGUAUCUCAGCGAGCAAGCUGAAGAGUUGGGCGUGGAGCUAUACCCGGGCAUCAGUGUGAGCGACGUCAUAUACAACGAAGCAAAGGAUGUGGUGUUGGGUGUAGCGACGCAGGACAUGGGGUUGGACAAGAACGGCGCGCCAAGGGAGACUUUUGAAAAGGGAAUGGAGUUCAACGCACGAGUCACCGUGUUUGCGGAAGGGUGCCACGGGUCAUUGUCAAAACAAAUAAUCAACAACUUCCAACUUCGUCACGAUUCAGCCCCACAAACAUACGGUUUAGGGCUCAAGGAGGUUUGGGAAGUUGACGCGUCCAAAUUCCAGCUGGGCUACGUGGGGCACUCGUUGGGGUAUCCGUUGACUCGCGACUCGGCCGCGUAUGGGGGUGGAUUCAUCUACCACUUUGGCGACGGUCUUGUAGCUGUGGGGCUCGUCAUUGGCCUCGACUACGCAAACCCGUACAUCUCCCCCUACCAAGAAUUUCAAAAAAUGAAAACCCACCCGUUUUAUGCAGACACUUUGCGCGGAGGCAAGUGCAUUUCCUACGCGGCGAGGGCACUAAACGAAGGCGGGUACCAAAGCAUCCCGCAGUUGUACUUCCCCGGCGGCAUCCUCGUCGGGUGUUCAGCGGGGUUCCUCAAUGUGCCAAAGAUAAAGGGCACCCACACCGCGAUCAAAUCGGGAAUAGUUGCUGCUGAGUCUAUCUACCACAAACUCAGGGACGUGCCACAUGAUGGCGACGAGGAGCAAUUCGAGUUGGACAUAAGCCAGCGCCCUGUCACUCUCAAGGAAUACGAAACCGCAUUCAAGGAGUCGUGGGCCUAUAAAGAGUUGCACGCCGUCCGCAACGUCCGCCCCAGCUUCAACUCGCCCUUGGGCACAUUAGGCGGAUUGGCCCAUUCCGGGUUGUCGACAAUGCUAACACAGGGACACGAACCUUGGACGCUCCAGUAUACCCACACCGACGCCGAGGCAACCCAGCCCGCACAAAACUUCAAGCCCAUCGACUAUCCGAAACCAGACAAUGAGCUAACUUUCGAUAUCUUGACCUCGGUGGACCGCACAGGCACCUAUCACGGCGAGGACGAGCCCUGCCAUCUUCGCGUUCCAGACCAGGACUUGCACAAACACGCCGAGCUCAGCUGGCCCCGUUACCAAGGUGUGGAGCAACGGUUCUGCCCAGCUGGAGUCUACGAGUAUGUGGAAAGCGACUCCAACCGCUUGGGAGUCGAGUUCAAAAUCAACUCGCAAAACUGCAUCCACUGCAAAACUUGCGACAUCAAGGUCCCCUCUCAGGAUAUCAACUGGACCGUGCCUGAAGGCGGCGACGGCCCAAAGUACUACAUGACAUAA